ACGGAAGCUAAUGACCGAUGUUUGUUUUGCUACAGUUAGCAGUAUGCCUGCUGAACGCAAGCGCUCAGUAAACAUGGACGAGAAAGACGUUUGCUCCUUCAGCAACAAGGAGAAGGAGAAGGAGAGAGACGGCGAGAGACGACCCACGUCCGCUCGAGACAAGCCGAAAGAUGAGACCGCCAAGGCGAGCGGCAAAAAGGAAGGCGGCGGCAAGGAGGAGAAGAGAAAACGCUUAGAGGAGGAGAAGAAGAAGAAAGAGGAAAAGGAGCGGAGGAAGAAAGAGGAGGAGAAACAGAAAGCGGAGGAAGAGCAGAAGAAGAAAGAGGAGGAGGCGAAGAGGCAGCAGGAGGAGGAGGAGAGGAAGCUUCAAGAGGAGGAGGCGAAAAGACAACGGGAGGAGGAGGCGGCUCUGCUGAAGGAAAAGGAGGAGAGCCAUCAGCUGCACCAGGAGGCCUGGGAGCGCCAUCACUGCAGGAAGGAGCUCCGCAGCAAGAACCAGAACGCCCACGAGGGUCGACCAGAGGAGGCUUUCUUCAGCCGACUGGACUCCAGCCUUAAAAAGAACACCGCGUUCGUCAAGAAGCUCCGCACGCUCACCGAGCAGCAGCGGGACUCGCUCUCCCACGACUUCUCCUCGCUGAACCUCAGCAAGUACAUCGGCGAGGCGGUGAGCUCCGUCGUGGAGGCCAAGCUGAAGAUCUCCGACGUUGGCUGCGCCGUCCACCUGUGCUCCCUCUUCCACCAGCGCUACGCCGAGUUCGCCCCGCUGCUCUUACAGGCCUGGAAGAAGCACUUCGAAGCGAGGAAGGAGGAGAAGUCGCCCAACGUGAGUAAGCUGCGCACGGACCUUCGCUUCAUCGCCGAGCUCACCAUCGUCGGUCUCUUCACGGACAAAGAGGGGCUCUCGCUCAUUUACGAGCAGCUGAAGAACAUUAUCGGGACCGACCGCGAGACGCACACUCACGUCUCGGUGGUCAUCAGCUUCUGUAAGCACUGUGGUGACGACAUCGCCGGUUUGAUCCCGCGCAAGGUGAAGCUGGCCGCCGAUAAGUUCGGUUUGACGUUCCCUCCGAGCGAGAUCAUCAGCACGGAGAAGCAGCAGCCUUUCCAGAAUCUGCUGAGGGAAUACUUCACGUCGCUCACCAAACACCUGAAGAAGGACCACCGAGAGCUGCAGAACAUCGAGAGGCAGAACAGGCGUAUCUUACAUUCCAAAGGAGAGCUGAGUGAAGACAGACACAAGCAGUAUGAAGAGUUCGCCACUUCUUACCAGAAGCUGCUGGCGAACACUCAGUCUCUGGCCGACCUGCUGGAUGAAAACAUGCCGGACCUUCCUCAGGACAAGACCGUGCAGGAGGAACACGGCCCCGGCAUCGACAUCUUCACCCCCGGUAAGCCCGGCGAGUACGACCUGGAGGGAGGGAUCUGGGAGGAUGAAGACGCUCGAAACUUCUACGAGAACCUGGUGGACCUGAAAGCCUUCGUCCCCGCCAUCCUCUUCAAAGACAACGAGAAGAGCGGCCAGGGAAAAGACAAGGAAGAAGCUAAAGACGGCAAAGAUGGGAAGGAGGGAGUCAGCACCACGGAGGAGCUGGAGCUGGAGCUGGAGGCUCUGGACAUCGCAGACGAACCUCUGGAGAUGGAGGGACCAGACGAGGUGGAGAAUGAAGAACUGGCAAAAAAGCUCCUAGACGAGCAAGAACAAGAGGACGAGGAGGCGAACACCGGCUCCCACUUGAAGCUGAUCGUUGACGCUUUCAUCCAGCAACUCCCCAACUGCGUCAACAGAGACCUCAUAGACAAGGCUGCCAUGGACUUCUGCAUGAACAUGAACACCAAAUCCAACAGGAGGAAGCUGGUCCGAGCCCUCUUCACCGUCCCCAGGCAGAGGUUGGAUCUUCUGCCCUUCUACUCUCGUCUGGUGGCGACUCUUCAUCCCUGCAUGUCAGACGUGGCUGAAGACCUCUGCUCCAUGUUGAAGGGAGACUUCAGGUUUCAUAUUCGGAAGAAGGAUCAGAUCAACAUCGAAACCAAAAACAAAACCGUCAGAUUUAUCGGAGAACUGGCUAAGUUCAAGAUGUUCACAAAAACAGACACGCUUCAUUGUCUCAAGAUGCUGCUGUCUGAUUUCACCCAUCACCACAUCGAGAUGGCCUGCACCCUGCUGGAGACCUGCGGCCGCUUCCUCUUCAGAUCCGCCGACUCUCACCUGCGUACCAGCGUCCUGCUGGAACAAAUGAUGCGUAAAAAGCAGGCGCAACAUCUGGACGCCCGCUACGUGACGAUGGUGGAGAACGCCUACUACUACUGCAACCCUCCGCCCAUGGAGAAGACGGUGAGGAAGAAGAGGCCGCCGCUGCAGGAGUACAUCCGCAAGCUUCUCUACAAGGACCUGUCCAAAGUGACCACGGAGAAAGUGCUCAGGCAGAUGCGUAAGCUUCCCUGGCAGGACCCCGAAGUGAAGAGCUACCUGAUCUGCUGCAUGGUCAACAUCUGGAACGUCAAGUACAACAGCAUCCACUGUGUGGCCAACCUGCUGGCCGGACUGGUGGCCUACCAGGAGGACGUGGGAAUCCAUGUGGUGGACGGAGUACUGGAGGAUAUCCGCCUGGGCAUGGAGGUCAACCAGCCGAAGUUCAACCAGCGGCGGAUCAGCAGCGCCAAGUUCCUGGGCGAGCUCUACAACUACCGCAUGGUGGAGUCGGCCGUCAUUUUCCGUACCCUCUUCUCCUUCAUCUCCUUCGGGGUGAAUCAGGACGGCAGCCCGAGUCCGCUGGACCCCCCCGAGCACCUGUUCCGCAUCCGCCUGGUCUGCACCCUGCUGGACACCUGCGGCCAAUACUUCGACCGAGGCUCCAGCAAGAGGAAGCUCGACUGUUUCCUCAUCUACUUCCAGCGCUACAUCUGGUGGAAGAAGAGCGUCGAAGUCUGGACCAAAGAUCACCCGUUCCCCAUCGACAUCGACUACAUGAUCAGCGACACUCUGGAGCUGCUGCGGCCCAAGAUGAGGCCCAGCUGCUCCCUGGAGGAGGCCACCAAGCAGGUCACCGACCUGGAGAGGGAGGUGCUCGUCAAACUAGGUCUGGCCAUGGGGAAGGACGGUCGCACCAGCGCCAUGAGUGAAGGGGAGGGUCUCGACGAGGAAGACGACGACGACGAUGAGGAAGGAGGCGCCGAGACCGAGGAGCAGUCGGGCAACGAGAGCGAAAUGAACGAACAGGAAGAAGACGAUGGAUCUGAGAACGAAGAAGAGGAGAGAGAGGAAGAGGAAGAAGAGAACACCGACUACCUGACAGACUCCAACAAAGAAAACGAGACGGACGAGGAGAACAAUGAGGUGACGAUCCGUGGCGGCGGACUGAAGCACGUGGCCUGCGCUGAGGACGAGGACUUCAUUCAGGCUCUGGAUAAGAUGAUGCUGGAGAACCUGCAGCAGCGUAGCGGCGAGGCGGUGAAGGUGCACCAGCUGGAUGUGGCGAUUCCUCUGCAGCUGAAGAGCCAACUGAAGAAAGGCGGCUCCGGGAGUCAGCAGAGCAUCGGAGAGGGAGACUCCGACAUCUCGGACACCAUGCAGUUCGUCAUGCUCACGCGUAAAGGCAACAAGCAGCAGUAUAAGAUCCUGAACGUGCCGCUGUCGUCCCACCUGGCUGCGAACCACUUUAACCAGCAGCAGGCCGAGCAGGAGGAACGAAUGAGGAUGAAGAAACUCACGCUGGAUAUCAAUGAGAGACAGGAGCAGGAGGACUACCAAGAGAUGAUGCAAUCUCUGGCUCAGCGCCCGGCGCCAGCCAACACCAACCGGGAGCGCCGGCCUCGCUACCAGCAUCCGAAAGGCGCUCCCAAUGCCGACCUCAUCUUCAAGACCGGAGGAAGAGAGAAAAGGGCGAGAAAUGAAAGGCAUGAGAGGCAAGACAAACAAGAGAGACAAGACAGGACAGACAAGCAGGAGAAAAACCAAAGCAGCAGUGCAGCGGAGUAGUUCAGAACAGCUGGAGAAACCUGGACUUUUUUAAUUUAACGUCAUCGGUAGAGUGUCAGAAAGUACAUUUUUUUGUAAUAAAAAGAGAAAACAGAGAGAGAGAAAGUUCAUUUUGCCUGUUUCCUGUUCUGAUUUUCAAAUGAAAUUAUUUAUUUAUUUUUUCUGGAAAUAUUUGGAAAUAAAGUUGACUUGAAGUUUAUACUUUCUUAGCAUCAACAGCGCUGUGUGUGUCUUUCUUGCUUUGGUAAAGAGGAACGACGACACAGCAGAAACUGAAGUGUACGUGACAUUUAAGCUCGUCUGAUGGCGAGUCCCUGCAGGCGUUUAGUGACUGAACCUAAAACACAGAUGCAUGCACAUAAAUCCAUCUGUCAGCACAAUUAGGAAUGUUUUUAAUUUAAACACACACACACACACCCACAGACACACACACACACACACCUGAUUCUGCUGCUGGAAAGACCAAAUGUGUUAAUUCGCCGCUGCAAAUAGUCCCAGACACAAGCACCUUUUCCAGCUGUCUUAGGAGACAAAUGAGCCUGUUUUAAAAAAUAAAACAACAUAUUUGUGAGCCAUAAAAAAAAGAAGUGCUACAGACACGAUCAGGAAGUCAAAGUUACCACACUACAGCAGCAGCAUGUUUAAUAAUCGGCCAAAUUUGAGUUUUACAUAAUAAUUAUAAUAAUAAGAAGAAGAAGAAGAAUACUUUUUUUCUUAUAUACCUUCAAAGACACUUCACAAAGUUAAAUGAAUCAGCAAAGACGUCACAAAGAGCUUCAUCACUUCCCCCAUCUCUUACACUGGAAGUGAUGAAGGGAUCCACAGUCCGCCCUUUGUGUAAAAAAAUAUGUAUUUAAAAGUUUAAUCUGAAGCUAAUAUGAAGCUUCAGUCGUCCAAAUGAGUCAAAAUAAGUCUUCUGUUUCAACGUUACAGUGUUUUUAGUUCCAAAGUCUUUUUGUUACUAUACUUCCACCAUUUAGUAUUGCAGUAGUAUUACAGUAGUAUUACAGUAGCAAAGUUCCUCUUUUUGUUACUAUACUUCCAUCACAGCUCAACAGGGAAACACUAAGAGGGAAUCUGAUGCUAAAAAGACUGUAAAUGUGUCAGAUAUCACUUGAUAUUAACUCAGACUGAUGAAGCUCAAUAGAAGCUGAUCAUCUACUUUUAAAUGAUGAUUUUGUCCUCCAUCACUUUAAAUUGAAAGCACAUUUGAAAGAGAUCUUUUAAUAGUCAGUAUGAACAGGGGGAAUGAUUACAGGGAGAAAAAACCUGUUUCACUGCUCAUACGGACACCUGAGUGCUGUCAGGAAAGAAAGAAGGAAGACAAAGACAGAACAAGAAGGAAGAUGAGGAAACAAAGAAAGAAAUAAAGAAAGGGGGAGAGUAGCUAAAACACAUUUUUGAGUGUUAUCUUCCAUUUCUUGUCACUAAAUCUUCCUAAAUUUCACAGACUGGUCCUUUUAAACUCUUGUCCGUAGCACUCAGCAUGUCUGCAGUAAAUGUCCUGCUCUUUCCUCCAGGAGACGCUGAUGGGAGUCUGGCCCAUGGCUGAGCGAGCAAGAGUGAGAAUGAACGAGGAAAAAAGAGAGAGAGAAAAAGACAAGAAGAAGACGAAGAAGAUCGGAGGGAAACCGGUCUAAACAGGGAACGAGUCCUACAGACGCCCACUGAUGCCGGGACAGACCAAAAAACCUCCAACCCCCCCCCACCACUGACUGACCUGAAAACACACACUCUGGAGCUCAAAGAGGAGAAACACACACACACAUAUAUAAAAGCAGGAGCUGAGAGAGAGGGGGGGGGGUGGGUUCAAAGGUCAGGGGUCAAGACAGAGGGCUCUCUUUCUUUUUUUGUCUGUUGCCUGAGAUGACGAAGAUGAAAAAACAAAACAAAAACUAAACCGCCUCGACAGGAGACGACGACGAUGACGAGGAAAAACUGACAGAGGCCGACUGACGGCGAGGCGGGACGGUGGGAGGCGGGAUGAACGGAUCACCUCCCGCCGUCACACACACACACACACAAAGUCGAGGGAUAAGAAGUGACUCACGAAAAAAAUCUGCGAGUGGACAAAAUUUAAAGAUUAGCAACGAAAAAGAGAAAAAAAAAAUGAUAAUGUUUUUCUUUUUGUAUAUUUUUGUGUUGUUGUUUUUUUUGGACGCUGGAAAUGAAAAAGAACGGGAACAGAUGUGUUGUCGCCCCCGCGGCCCGUCGUCAUGGCAGCUCUGAGACGGAGACGGCGGGCAGGGCGAGGUUUUGUUGUUUUGUUGUUGUUGUUUUUUUUUAAAACACUGGGCAAAGGUCGGUCGUGUGUUCACAUCAUGGACCCGAAAAAACUCGAUGUUCUGUUCGCCCGAGAGGACCGAUGAGGUCGAGUGAAAGAAGCAGCCGAUGGUUUCUGUUCUGUUGGGACGACGUUCUUCCCGCUUGUGGCACUUUUUUUUAAAACGAUAAGUCGCUCCGUUUGACACGUUUUAUUAAAUAAAAACUAAAGUUGGAAACGUCAAAUAUUAGUUUUUACGCUUGGCUGAGGUUUAGAGAAUUGAAGUUGGAGAAUAAAAUCAUGACGUACGUGAAGCUAACACUUAAAUCGAAGCCUAAUAAUCUCUCGGUUCAACGUCCAAUCGGCUGCGUUGGUUUCAUAUGUCAGAGUUCGUGGAUGAGUACAAGUGUAUUAAAACGAAAAACAGAGGAAGCAUCUAACAUUCGUUUUUACGCUUAGCUGAAGUAGAAAAAGUCGAAACAGAAGCAAAAAUGCGACAAAGUUAGCGAUUAAAAUCAUGAUGUACGGUGAAGUUCAGUUUAAGCAUCUGUUUCCUGUUUCGGUUCGACGUCCAAUCAGCUGCUGUAGUUUUGUACGUCAGAUUUCGCCCUUUUUUCAACUUUUUAAAGGAGCGGAAUUGAAACGCUGCUUAUCGUUAAUAUCCUCGCAUGUUUCAUCGUCACUCUACCGGGCCACAAAGUGUUGCAUCACUCUCUAUUUAAAUUCAUUCAUCACCCUCCGUUAUGAAUACAACGUCACAUCCUUUUUUUAUAGUGCAGAGAUGAUUUCCAUCCACCUUUCAUCUAUCGUCAUCCACGUUCUUAAUUUUGCGUAUAAAGAAACUAGAAAAUUCAGAAAAGUAGUCGAGGUAUCGCAAACUUUCAAAAAAAGUUAAUUUGCCGAGCUGAGGUGGAAAAGUUUGGGAGUGUCAGCAAAGUUAAAUGUAAAGAAAGAGAGCGGAUAAAUGAUGACAGACGUGAAUAACGUGAUUCAAACGUCAGCGACUGGACGAUUAGCGCCACCUGCUGUUCACGUAACAGCAGCGGAAGAAAAACGAGCAUUAUUUCCCCUUUUUUCUUUUGUUGAUAUUCUGGAAAUUCAGAUCAAAUUUACGUUAAAUUUGAAUGGAAGUCUGGCUAAAGUCGAGGUGUUUACCUUUUUUUAAAGCCGCACUCCAAAGGUUAACGUUGUUUUUCAAGCACAGAAAAAGAAAGAAAAGUAGUCGAGGUAUCGCAAACUUAAAAAAAAGUUAAUGUGCCGAGCUGAGGUGGAAAAGUUUGGAAGUGCAGCGAAGUAAAAUGUAAAGAGAGUGAGCGGAUAAAUGAUAAUAAUGAUAAAUAAUGUGAUUUAAACGUCGCUGCAGAGCUUUAAAAAAAAAAACAUCCGACAUCUCUUUUAAUGACGUCAUCUCUGGCACCGACUAGACGAUUAGCUCCACCUGCUGUUCACGUGAUAAACAGCAUGAAUUCCCUUUUUUUUUUUUU